AUGACAGGCUGUUUCGCCUUCCUCAAGCCCACUCGCGGCAAAGCCAACAAGGCGGCCCCGAACAACAAGACGUGCAACUGCGAUUGCAAGUGCUCUUCGCAUUCAAAGUCAAGCUCUCAACAGACGCCCGCAGAGAAGACCCCUAUCUCUGCAUCCAUCUACUACGACGCCUGCAACCCGCCACCUUUCGAUGCUAGCGAGCAGCAGCAGCAGCAGCGAUGCUGUGGCGGCAUCACCGGUUCCGGCCUUUCUCACUCUCAUCUUCCCACCUACGGGGACUCGCAAAAGCACGCCCAUCACUCAGUACGCUAUGCUGAAGGCCAAGCCGACUCCAAGCUGAGCGAUCUUAUGCAAGAUGUAGCUAAGAAUAUCGAAGCCGAGAUCGAGAAGCUCGAUAAAGAAUUACGAGACCUGUCACUCGACAUGCACGAUCAUCCCGAGAUCAUGUGGGAAGAACGUCGAACCCACGAUCUCUUAGUUAAGUACUUCCAAGGCAAGCAAGGUUGGAAAGUCACCCCGCACGCUUACGGCCAGGAAACGGCUUUCAAGGUCGCCUUCUCGCACAAGGCUGAUAAAAAUUCAAGGGUGAUCGGCUUCCAAUCCGAGCUCGAUGCUUUGCCGGGCAUUGGUCAUGCUUGUGGGCAUAACUUGAUUGCUAUUGCUGGUGUCGCCGCUGCGCUGUCAGUUGCUGCUACUCUCGUGGCGAAGGACAUUCCAGGAACAGUUGUGCUGCUUGGAACACCUGCAGAAGAGGGCGGAGGAGGAAAAAUCCGGCUCGAAGAAAAGGGCGCUUACAAGGACAUGGAUGCCUGUCUCAUGGUUCAUCCAGCUUAUCAAUCCGGUACGGGCGCCAUGCUUGCUGUCCAACCCGUCGUUGUCACUUACAAAGGCCGAACCGCUCACUCUGGCGCUGCGCCCUGGGAGGGCAUUAACGCACUAGACGCUGCCGUGCUGGCAUACAACAAUAUCUCGGCGCUUCGACAGCAAAUCCAGCCCUCCGAACGAGUGCAUGGUGUCAUCAAGGGCACCAAUUGGGCACCCAACGUUGUGCCCGGAGAGUCGACUCUCAUCUACAAUGUCCGCUCACCCACGGUGUCAGGGUUAAAAGCGCUGACUGCUCGAGUGCAGAAAUGCUUCGAAGCAGCCGCUCUCGCCACAGGGUGCAAGGGAGAGUACGAUUGGCAAACAGCCUAUGCUGAUGUGCAUAACACUCCUUCGCUCUCAACUACUUACGCUAACUUCCUCGGUCAGCGAUAUGGCUUGGAUGUUCCAGAUGCAGAUUUUGCCGCUUCAACUGACUUUGGGAACAUUACUUAUGCACUGCCCUCGCUGCAUGCUGAAUAUGCGAUUCAUUUGGACGAUCCAAAGACUCAGGGCAACCACACUGUCGGAUUUGCUGCUGCAGCAAGGACUCAGGAGGCUCAUGAUAGGACCAAAGAGGCUGCAUUGGGUAUCGCUGUGACUGGAGCUAGGGUGUUGUUAGAGAAGGAGUAUCGCGAUCACAUUUGGGACGAGUGGCAGAAGUGGAGGAAGGGCGCUGAUGGACCGUAG